UUCCAUCUCUCGCAUUCCCCCACCUCUCUCUCUCUCUCUCUGAAACUGAAACCAUAGAGGAUCGAAACCUGAUUUUUGGAUCUCCCAUUGCUCUACCUUGGAAGGCACGGCCUUCUCCAACAUCGUCCACUCCUUCCAUAUUAUCCGAGAGCAUCUCCCGAAGCUGCAUUUCUUUCUUUAACUCGCAGUUGUGCAAAUCUUACUAUCUAGAUGGACCGACGGAGUUGGCCGUGGAAGAAAAAAUCAUCCGACAAGGCAGCUGCUGAAAAAGCGGCUGCUGCUUCUCAGUCUGAUCAGGAUAACUACAAAAAACCGAACUAUGUUCAAAUUUCUGUGGAGUCAUAUGCGCUUCUGACCAGUUUGGAGGAUCAAGUGAAGACAUAUGAGGAACAGGUGCAGACACUGGAGGAUCAGAAUAAGGAAUUGAAUGAAAAGCUGUCAGCAGCUCAUUCAGAGAUGACUACCAAGGAAAACUUGGUAAAGCAGCAUGCCAAAGUUGCUGAAGAAGCCGUCUCAGGUUGGGAAAAAGCUGAAGCAGAAGCCCUAGCAUUGAAGAAUCAUCUGGAGUCUGUCACGCUUGCAAAACUCGCUGCUGAAGAUCGGGCAUCACAUUUGGAUGGCGCUCUGAAAGAGUGCAUGCGACAGAUACGUAAUCUGAAGGAAGAUCAUGAACAGAAAUUGCAAGAAGUUGUUCUUACCAGAACCAAGCAGUGGGACAAAAUUAGGCUUGAGUUUGAAGCGAAGAUAGUUAACUUAGAGCAGGAACUCCUAAAGUCUGCUGCUGAAAAUGCUGCCCUUUCAAGAUCUUUGCAGGAACGUUCAAGCAUGCUAAUCAAGAUAAGUGAAGAAAAGUUACAAGCUGAGGCUGACGUUGAGCUCUUGAAGAGCAAUGCUGAUACAUGUCAGAGGGAAAUAAAUUCUCUUAAAUACGAACUGCACAUAGUUUCCAAAGAGCUGGAAAUUCGUAAUGAAGAAAAGAACAUGAGUGUGAGGUCUGAAGAGGUAGCUAACAAGCAGCAUAUGGAGGGUGUUAAAAAAAUAGCUAAGCUUGAAGCAGAGUGCCAAAGAUUACGUGGUCUCAUGCGGAAGAAGUUGCCCGGUCCUGCUGCAAUGGCCCAAAUGAAGCUAGAGGUUGAGAAUUUAGGCCGAGAUUAUGGAGAAACUCGAUUAAGAAGGUCUCCUGGUAAGGCUUCAAGUCCACACCUCUCUCCAGUGCCCGAGUUUUCCAAUGAUAAUACUCAGAAUUUCCAUAAAGAGAAUGAUUUUCUCACCGAACGUCUAUUGGCAACGGAAGAAGAAACAAAGAUGCUCAAAGAAGCUUUGGCAAAGCGUAACAGUGAAUUGCAGGCUUCAAGGAGUUUGUGUGCUAAGACGGCUAGCAAGCUCCAAGUUUUAGAAGCACAAAUACAAGGCUGCAAUCAACAAAAAAGUUCGCCAAAAUCUAUCAUUCAGAUCACCGCUGAAGGUUCUUCAAGUCAAAAUGCAAGCAAUCCACCAAGCUUGACCUCCAUGUCUGAGGAUGGAAAUGAUGACGAGAGAAGUUGCGCCGAUUCUUUGUCUACAUCAUUGAUUUCUGAGCUCUCCCAAUUCAAGAAAGAAAUGAACAGCGGGAAAUUGAACAAGGUUGAAAACGAAAAUCACUUGGAGCUUAUGGAUGAUUUUCUUGAGAUGGAGAAGUUGGCUUGUCUAUCAAAUGAUUCCAAUGGAGCCAACUUGAAUUCUUCCAAUAAUAAGAUACCUGAAACCCCAAAUCGGGAUUCAUCAGAAGUCACUACUCUGACAGAUCUCCAGUCUGAACAGCAUCGAAAUUUAAAUGCAUUAGAAAAUCAGGUAUAUUCUAGCAUGGAAUUGUCAGAAUCAAAUCACGGCUCUCAUGUAGAUCAGCUGCCGCUGACGAGGCUCCAGUCAAAAAUUUCAAUGGUAUUUGAGUCUGUGCCCAAGAAUCCUGAUAUGGGGAAAAUUUUGGAGGAUAUUAAACUUGUUUUGCUGGAAGCACACGAGUCUCUUCGUCAGCACCCUGUAACUUGUGCUUCCAAGGAAGUUGACUGUUCGGUUGGCACAUCUGACCAGAAGUCUCAUCCUGCACUGGGUGUGUUAACUGCAGAGAAGGAAAUUUCUUUAUCCCAGCCAGCUAUAGAAACUGUGAAGAUAAUUAGCCAAGAUUUGGCAGCUGCCAUUUCACGGAUUCAUGACUUCAUAGUGUUUUUGGGCAAUGAGGCAAUGGUAAUCCAUGAUAUCUCACCUGAUGGCAGUGGAUUGAGUCAAAAAAUUGAGGAGUUCUUCGUCACCUUUAAUAAAGUCAUGUACAGUAAGACUAGUUUGGAUGAUUUUGUUCUUGAUCUUUCUCAUGUUUUGGCUAAAGCCAGUGAACUCAGAUUCAACUUCUUGGGCUAUAAGGAUACUGAUGCAGGAAUUAGCAGUCCCGAUUGCAUAGACAAGGUCGCUUUACCUGAGAAUAAAGUAGUUCAAAAGGAUUCAUCAGAAGGAAGAUAUCAUAGUGGUCGUGACCACAUUUCCAAUCCCACUUCUGACCUUGAGGUUCCUGAUGAUGGAAAUUUAGUCUCAGGGUAUGAAUCAAAUUCCACAUCAUGUAAGUUCUCAUUAGAGGAGUUUGAGGAAUUGAAAUCAGAGAAAGAUACGUUGGUGGUGGAUCUAGCAAGAUGUACCGAGAACCUAGAGAUUAUGAAAUCACAGUUACAGGAAACCGAGCACCUUCUAGCAGAAGUUAAAUCACAAUUAGCAUCUGCUCAAAAGUCAAACGGCUUGGCCGAGACACAGUUGAAAUGUAUGGCUGAGUCAUACAGAUCUCUUGAAGCUCAUGCAGCGGAGUUAGAAACUGAGCUGAAUUUUUUGCGAGCUAAAACAGGAACUCUAGAAAAUGAGCUUCAAGGGGAAAAGAAGAGUCUUCAGGAUGCACUGGCUAGAUGCGGGGAACUCCAAGAGCAAUUGCAAAGGAACGAGAGCUGCUCUGUUUGUGCUGCAGCAGCUGAUAUUGCUCUCAAGGCGAAACAGGAGACGGAGUUAGAAGCUGCAGCGGAGAAGCUAGCCGAGUGCCAAGAAACCAUUUUCCUUCUUGGCAAGCAGUUGAAAGCUUUGCGCCCUCAAACAGAGCUUAUGGGAUCUCCUUACAGCGAGAGGAGUCAAAGGCAUGAAGGUCUGACAGACAAUGAACCAGCUACUAGUGGCAUGAACUUGCAAGACUUUGAUCAAGCCGAAAUGGACACUGCUGCUCCUCCCAAUGUGCAAAAACUAGGUGCCGAAUAUCCCAUGGACUUGUAUAGUUCCCCAUGUAGCCCGUCCGAUGCUGAAGGAAACCAGCUCCAGAGUUCACCAAUCAGCUCAAAACAUCCAAAACACAGGCCCACCAAGUCAACCUCUUCAUCUUCUUCUACCCCAACACCAGAGAAACAGUCGCGAGGACUCACCCGGUUCUUCUCCUCUAAAGCAAAGAACGGACUCUAGGCUUGCAGCUCGGGGGCAGAGUAAUGGAUGUUCUGUUGUUAGAAGCACCAAGGUGGGGAGCUCAACCAUCUAAUAUCCUAUGGUAUUAGAAUUAGAUUUUGGAAGGUUUUGUGGAGCUCUUUCUGAGAGGAGGGCUUUCCAAACGUCAGGUAAUUUAUGUAACAAAUGGCUGUACAUGAUAUCCAAAUAUGUGAAUUUCUUUUCUUCGAUUUUAAA